AUGGCCAUAAACAGCGACAAAAUCUCCAACUCCCAGAUCGAUACCACUUUCGAAAACACAGACGAUACUGAAACCCACCACCUGAUGCAGCUGCAAACAAUAGGCGUGUCGUCGCUCAACACAGCGAAAAAUCCACGUCUGGGCGGGUUUUUGGACGGUUUUUUCAAGCAAAAGGACAAGAUAUUGGGCGAUGGAGCAGGCCUGGCCCAGGAGAUCACAGCACGGCUCGAGGCGCUCCAGCAGGAGAACUAUAACUUGAAAUUUGAAGUGGCCACGUUGACAAAGUAUAUGCGGAAGGCUCCCGAGGAGCAGCGCCAGAUGGUGUAUGAGAAUAUGGAGCUUAAGCAGAAGUUGGCUAGGGCGAUGGAGGAUUUGGAAAAACAGCCUGCGGCGGCGGUUGCGUCGUCAGGGAGCCCUGAGCGGGCGAUGGCGGCGAUGAAACUGCUGUAUAAAGAAGCAUUGGGCGAGAAGGAUGAUAUAAUUGGCGACUUGAAGGCCCAGGUGGCCCAGUUGCAGCUGGAAGUGCUGGGGAAGAGCAAAGUGCCUGGCGAGUUGUAUGAGCGGUUGGAAUCGCUCCAAAAUGAUAACCAGCUGCUUCGCCGGCAGUUAACGGAUCUGGCGAGCCGUCGGGAUUUCAGCCACAACGAGCUACAAGAAGAGAAUAACGAAUUGAAGGCUCAGGUGCACCAGCUACAACUCCAGCAGCUGAAGGUGCCUCUGGACGCGAACGAGCAGAUUGGCAGUUUGGAAGGUGAGUGUAAAACGCUUCAAAGGAAGCUUCGUGAGGCAGUGGACGAUUUACGGCUGGUCGAGGGCCAGAAAGAAGCCUUGGAGCUGAAGCAGAAGGCUGUAAAGAGCGAAACACAGGCGCUCGAGCAACGCAUCGAUUCGUUGGUGCACGAGAAAAAGACGUUACAAGAUGAAAAGGACUCGUUGGACGCUCUUGUCAGGCAAAUACGGUCCCAGGCGCCUGGAAAGGAGAAACAGAUUGACGAAUUGCAUGCCCAAAUGAGCAAACUCAACGCCAGCACCAGCAGACGCGACGCACAGCUCAAGGAGGCCACCGCUGAAGCCAGAGAUCUUCGAACUCGUUUGCGGAGCCUUGAAGAUGAUAUUUUAGAGAAACAGCAUGAAGUGGAUCGUCUUUCUCGCAAAAACACACAUCUCGAGAAGGAACUAGCGUCUAACAACUCGCUCGACCGGUACAGGCCUUUAGAAGAUACCAACAAGGCCUCUCAAGUGUUUGAAGAGCAGAUAGACGAGUUGCACAAGAACUCACAGAGAUUAAAAGCAGAGAAGCGUGAUCUUGAAGAUAUUAUUGCUGAAUUGGAAGAUAAGUUGGCCAGGGGCUCUCAUCUGAAGAACGACCAGCAACAUGUCAUUGACGAACUACAUGAAAGAGUUGAUUUCUACGAAAAGGAGUACAGCAGUCUCGUGGACGAGAUGGAGAGAAACUCUAUCAAAUACGACUCGUUAAAGGAAGAUCUCGAUGCCAAAGAGCUCCAGCUCGAACAUCUCAAGGCUGAAUUGAGAACGGCCCAGCGUGAGCUGCAGAGAACCGAUACAAGGUACUACGAGCUUGAAAAGAAGCGUGACGAAGAGAAGGUGUACCGUCUUGAACGCCAAAUCGACUCCUUGAGCAGCCACAACAGGCAGCUUGAAAGAGAAAUGGAAGACGCCAAGAGAGCUUCGGAUCUUAUUGCCAAAGAGAAGGAUCGUCUUGUUUCUGAAGUUCACGAUAUGGAAUCAAGGAUCAGAGAUAACAAGCUUUCCCAAAGCAAGCUUGAAACGACUGUGAGAGAUAAAGAGGAGGUGAUUGAAGCGUUGGAGUCGCGUCUCAGAACUGUAAGCAGAGACUACAGAGGUAAGAGUUACGUGGAAGAGUCGUAUGGGGCCAAGGCCGAGUUGAACUACGAGCUUCAGUCUCUCCAACGUGAAAAGGAGCGCCUGGAGCGUGAAUUGGAGAGGUUGCAGAAAGAACUCAAUGAUCAACAGCGUUACUAUGAAAAUAAGCUUGAUGUGUUGAAGGAACGAGCCAGGGUUGAGUCUGUUCCAGACGAUUCGGCCAUGGUUGCGCUUCUAGAGAGCCAGCUCGAGGAAGCCAAGCGUGAGAUCAAGGCGUUGGAGGUGAAGCAGAACGAGGCAAGAAAGAAUGACGUUUCUGCAGCUUUGGAUGAUUAUAGAGACCGAAUCGCCGAGUUAGAAAGCCGAGUGACGAGUUCCCAAAAGGAUAAGUCGAAGCUCAAGGAAGUGAUCGAUACGAUGGAGACGGAAAUGAAGAUUUUGGCGUCUGAGAAAACGCUGUUGGAGGUUCGUGCAAGAAACUUGGACCUGGAGUUGACCAAAACCACACGCCAUUGCAACAGGCUUGCAAGGAAGAUCAACGACAUUGAUUCGGUUGAAUACAAGAACUCCAAUAAGAACGCCGAGGAUAUUUUGAGAGCAAAAAAGACAAAUGCUCAGCUUCAAGCGCACAUUGACUCGCUCAAUUCGAAACUAGCGCAAGCAUCCAUUUCCAAUCCUUUCAGUGCUGCUCCCAAAACGCCCAACCGCCGCAGUUCAACCGAGCAAAGACUCCAACAGAACGAGCUUCUUUACUACAAAGCGAAGCUCUUUGAGAUUCAGAACAAAGCCAAAGAUCUAGCACAAGUCCAUUCCAUGGUGAUGUCGUCAGUACGCAACGCCGACGCCGAGUUCCGCAACGAGCUUGCCAAAACGGCGCUUCUAGGCGUUUAUCCAGAAGUCGAACAACGCCAGGCCAAGAAACCCACAUUUAGAGUCGUGGCCCAGUUUGUGUUGGCAGCAGUAAAGAUGAAAAGAAGACAAGAACGGGCCGAGGCCCGCAAGCAGCAGCUCCUCCAGCUUCGAGAGGAGAUUGAAAAAGACCGGAUCACGUUGCUUGCCGAGUGA